AUGUAUGAUUCAUGCCUUAACAGUGAGACCAAAGUUAGUGAAAUCAUUUAUGGUCAUUCGUGGAAGUGGCCUAUUUCCAAUUCUUGGGAGAUUCAGGAGUUGAUUUCCUUUACUCCUGAUUGUUGUACACCUAACCCAUCUAGGUGUGACCAAGCUAUCUGGAAACUUACUAUUGAUGGUCAGUUUUCCAUUCACUCAGCUUGGAAUCAUUGGAGAAAUAGAUUUGGGAAAGUGGAUUGGCAUAGGCUCCUUUGGGGGCCUCAUAGGAUUCCUAAAGUUAGUUUCAUAGUCUGGGUAGCUCUUCACAACAGACUUUAUACUGGUGAUAGGUUACUUAUGUUUGGUCUAGCCCCUCAUUCUCAAUGCCCUUUCUGCCUAAAACCUGGGGAAAGUCAUUCCCAUCUCUUUUUCAAGUGCAUCUUUUCUAACAGAGUUUGGAGUGCUAUUGAAGUUAAAUGCAACAUAAAGUGGCCUGAUUUUGAUUGGCCUGAUAUUGUUACACAUGCUACGAAGGAGGCCAAGGGUAAAUCUUUGAGGGCCAAUAUUCUGAGCAAUGCAUUCUUGUGUUCUGUUUACCACAUCUGGAUUGAGAGAAAUAAUUGUGUUUUUAACAAAGGAUUUAAGCUUGAAGAGGUGGUUAUUAAAUCUGUAAUCCAGAUGGUGAGAAAUAAAAUGCUGUCUCUGAAGAAUUUUCCUAGAUCCACUGAGGACACUUGGUUUCUUGACCAAUGGAAUCUGCCAGCAACAAUUAUGAAGCCCCAUACUAUCAUUGAUGAGAGGGCUGCUGAGUGA